AGACUUUUAUAACGUAACUACUUACCCCCCGAAGAUGAACCCAGACAUCAGGUUAUUCUUGAUGUCCUCCUCCAUCGCUUUAUAUCCACUGGGAGGUACAUUUGGGGCACUUCUGAUUGGCUUCCUGGAGGAUAGAUGUGGCAGGAAAGGUACUUUGAUUAUUACUAAUGUUUUGUCCAUUGUCUCUGCUGUACUCAUGGGUUGCACACAUGAGGUAACUACAUACGAAUUCAAAAUGGUUGCACGCUUGGUGACUGGAAUAUGCUCAGGAAUAAUCUACAGUGCUGUUCCCAUAUACAUUGGCGAGAUAUCGCCUGUAGAGCUGCGAGGAUGCAUAACCUUGACGGCCAACUUCUUUUUUUCCAUUGGUGUCUUGUUGGCUCAGAUCCUCGCUCUUCGGGAACUCCUGGGGAAUGAA